AAUGUUGUUUUAAUUUAAUUACUUAAGUAAUUAUCAUUGUUAGUAACAGUGCUUAACUUAAAAACAUAACUAGAAAAAAGUAAAGUUUAUUACUAUGGGUAAAACAUCAAAAGAUAAAAGAGAUAUCUACUAUAGGUUAGCUAAGGAGGAAGGAUGGCGGGCCAGAAGUGCAUUUAAAUUGCUGCAAAUUAACGAAGAGCACAACAUAUUUGAAGGAGUGCUCCGUGCCGUAGAUCUCUGCGCUGCUCCUGGUAGCUGGAGCCAAGUACUUACAAAGAAACUUAGACAGAAUGCUCAAAAUGAAGACGAAGUCAAGAUAGUGGCAGUCGAUUUGCAAGCUAUGGCGGCUCUGCCGGGCGUCAAACAAAUACAAGGCGACAUAACCAAGUUAUCGACGGCUAAUGAAAUCAUUAAGGAAUUUGAAGGAUUAAAGGCAGAUUUAGUUGUUUGCGACGGAGCUCCAGAUGUAACAGGUCUGCAUGACAUUGAUGAGUAUGUCCAAUCACAACUUCUCCUUGCUGCCUUGAACAUUACUACACAUGUUCUCAAGGAUGGAGGUAUAUUUGUGGCUAAAAUAUUUAGAGGGAAGGAUGUGUCACUCUUGUAUUCACAGCUGAAGCAGUUCUUCAAGUUUGUUACUGUGAGCAAACCCCGCAGUUCAAGAAAUUCAAGUAUUGAAGCAUUCGUGAUAUGUCAGAACUACCAGCCACCAGAUGGCUACAUACCCACCAUGGUGAAUCCUCUGCUGGAUCAUAAGUACUGUGAUUUCAAUCAGUUCACUGGCCCUAACAGAUAUAUUGUGCCAUUCAAUGCAUGUGGGGACUUAAGCGCAUAUGACUCUGAUACCUCAUAUCCUUUGCUAUUGGAUGGACAGACAUCUUAUGAAUAUAAGGAGCCAGUUCAGGGCCCUAUCAAUCCACCUUACAAAGAAGUUUUGGACAAGACAAAAAAUUUGCAGUUACAGUAAAUUUUCAUGCAAAUUUAAAUAGGUCUAUAUUGUAUAUUUUGAUAA